AUGGCCAGCCGCCGCCUGAUCCGCCAGCUCUCGACCCAGCCUCGGCCCGCGGGGCUGCCGCGGAGUGUGCACCGGGCACUCGAGACGAUCGCCGACCCCAUCAUCGCCAACCUCGUCCAGGGCGAGCUCCUCCAGCUCGACUCCAUCCUCAACCACCCCCAGCAACAGCCCGCCGACGGCCCCGGCGCCCAGCCCGCCCCGCCGCCCGCCUCCUUCGACGACCGUCUGUUCGCCUUCUACGAGCGCAAGAACUACCUCAAGACCGCCUCCCUGAUCGCCAAGACCUCCCGCGCAACCGUCCUUCUGUCGCCCGCUGCGAGCACCAACCGGUCGCUGGUCGAGGCCAGCUACGAGUACGGCAAGCAUCUCGGCCUCGCCUUCCAAAUCGUCGACGACAUCCUCGACUACACGGGCUCCGACGAGACCCUGGGCAAGGCCGCCAACGGCUCCGACCUCAAGGCCGGCCUGGUCACCGGGCCCGGCCUGUAUGCCUGGAAACAGCACCCCGAGAAGUUCGGCGAGCUGGUCGCCCGCAAGUUCUGCCGUCCCGGCGACCUCGAACUCGCGUGCGAGAUGGUCCAGAAGGCCGACGGGAUCAGCCAGGCCUACCAGCUCGCCUCCAGCCAUCUGCAGCGCUGCAGAGAGAGCCUCGAGCUUUUCGAGCCCUCCGAGGCCAAGCAGGGGCUGCACGCGCUCUGCGAUCUCGUCCUCAACCGCAACCACUGA